UCCCCUGACUAAUUAGCUACCUAGCCACCCUCAUCCUCGGGGCGUGUGAAGAUGGCGUCGAGGUCUUUGAUGGUGGUGCUCCUGCUCGCGGCGGUGGCGGCGACGUGCGCGCGGGCGCAGCUGCACGAGAAGUUCUACAGCGAGUCGUGCCCCAGCGUGGAGGACGUGGUGAGGAGGGAGAUGGUGAGGGCGCUGUCCCUGGCGCCCAGCCUCGCCGGGCCGCUCCUCCGGAUGCACUUCCACGACUGCUUCGUCAGGGGGUGCGACGGCUCGGUUCUGCUGGACUCGGCCAACAAGACGGCGGAGAAGGACGCGCAGCCGAACCAGACGCUCCGUGGUUUCGGCUUCGUCGAGAGGGUGAAGGCCACGGUGGAGAAGGCCUGCCCCGACACCGUCUCCUGCGCCGACAUCCUCGCCCUCAUUGCCAGGGACGCAGUAUGGCUGUUGAGUAGAAGCAAGGGUCCAUUCUGGACAGUUCCUCUCGGCCGGCGAGACGGCAGCGUGUCCAUUUCCAACGAGACCGACGCUCUGCCACCCCCGACCUCCAACUUCACCGUGCUCACCCAGCUCUUCGCCGCCGUGAACCUCGACGCAAAGGACCUUGUCGUCUUGUCCGCCGGGCACACCAUCGGGACGUCGCACUGCUUCUCCUUCUCUGACCGGCUCUACAACUUCACCGGCAUGGAGAACCCCAGCGACAUCGACCCCACGUUGGAGCCGCAGUACAUGAUGCGGCUAAAGAGCAAGUGUGCCAGCCUCAACGACAACACUACCCUCAUGGAGAUGGACCCCAGCAGCUUCAAGACCUUCGACACCGACUACUUCAAGCUGGUGAGCAAGCGGAGGGGCCUCUUCCACUCCAACGGCGCCCUCCUCACCGACCCCUUCACCCGCACCUACGUCCAGCGCCAUGCCACCGGCGCCUUCAAGGGCGAGUUCUUCGCCGACUUCGCCGCCUCCAUGAUCAAGAUGGGCAACGCCAACCCGCUCACCGGAAGCCAGGGUGAGAUCGGGAAGAAGUGCAGCGUGGUCAACCAUUAA